CAUCAGAUACCAGUUGUUUCGAAGUCGUUUCGAAGAAAAGACAUGGCGUUGAGCCCAUAUAAGUUCGAGACGAAUAUAUUUAUUGAAACCAACGUCCAGUCCAUCGACUAUGAUGGUGUCAUACUCAUCUUGUAUCCAGAAGAAAAGAAUGUACCUCUCUCAAGAGACAUCGGCAGUUUUGUUAAAGAAAUAACGAACUUAGACAAGCAUGUAUAUAAGGAGUGUACCCUUUGGAACUGUGAGCAUGUCAGUGGUAAAAGGCUUAUAUUGGCUCCUACUCGAAAAAUUACACCAUAUCAUGAUGUGAGUGUUUUGAAGGAAGCGGCAAAGAAAGGAGUUUCGAGAGCAUUAAGCGCCGGCAUCAAGAAACCACUAUUGAUUAUACCUUAUUGUGUGGACUAUCCUGAUGGACAACUAGUAUCAAUCCUCGGUGCUUUUGAAGCUUUAUAUCAACCUCUACAAAUAGUUGAACGCGGAGAAAUUAAUAACUUCUAUAAGAUCGGGUUCCAUGCCGAAGAGAAGAACACGGACGCAUUUAAAAAGGUUGUAAGCAAUGCUAUUGCUUUGGAAACAGCUAGGAUUGUCGCAAGAGAUAUCGCUGGAGGAGAUCCUGAAAGGAUGUCACCAGUAAAAAUAGUUGAUUAUGUAAAAAAGACCUUCGCUGGUUGCAGUAACGUAGUCAUAACUGCUUUUGAUGAUGAGAAAUACAUUAAAGAGGAGUUCCCGCUUUUGGCAGCUGUUUCUAGAGCAUCCAGUCGCGUAGAAAGGCAUAAACCUUGUGUGUUACAAAUUGUAUACACUCCUUCAAACGAAGCGAGAGUUACUGAAACUCUAAUGCUGGUUGGUAAAGGAGUCACUUAUGACACUGGCGGCGCCGACAUCAAAAUAUCAGGCAAAAUGGCUGGAAUGUCUAGACACAAAAGUGGAGCAGCUGCCGUAGCUGGGUUCCUAAAGGCCUGCUCCAUACUUAAACCACCACAUCUUAAGGUCAUCGGGACCCUCUGUCUCUGCAGGAACUCUAUUGGGGCAGAUUCUUACGUGGCUGAUGAGUUACUAGUCUCCAGAAGCGGUAAAACUGUUAGAGUGACGAACACAGACGCGGAAGGUCGAUUCGCGAUGGCUGAUGCACUUUUCAAGCUGGGCGAAGUCGCUAAUCAGCAUAUAAAUCCACAUAUCUACACUAUAGCAACUUUGACAGGGCAUGCUAAAGCUUGUUACGGAGGAUAUGUAGCUGCAAUGGAUAACCACGCUGCUAGAGCGACGAACCAUUCCAACCGACUUCAGUUUAGCGGUACUAGGGUCGCAGAAGGCAUAGAAGUAUCCGUGAUAAGACCAGAAGAUCUAUCAAUCAACGAUGGUAAAUGCAAAGGCGAUGAUCUUAUUCAAGUGGACAUGGACGCGAAGGCUCGUCAUCAUCAGCUCGCCGCCGGGUUUCUGAUUAAAGUAGGAGGACUGGAGGAUAGGAAUGUCAAGUAUACUCAUCUGGACAUCGCUGGAGCCGCCGGGUCGCCUCCUGAAGAACCUACGGCUGUACCUAUUCUCACUUUAUGUCAUUUGCACAAAGUUACAACACUGUAAGGUUAUUUUAAA